UCUUCCGCCGCCAUUUUAAAUCCAGCUCCAUACAACGCUCCGCCGCCGCUGCCGCCGCGACCCGGACUGCGCGCCAGCACCCCCCGGCCGACAGCUCCGCCGCCAUGGAGGACAUGAGCGAGUACAGCAACAUAGAGGAGUUCGCAGAGGGAUCCAAGAUCAACGCGAGCAAGAACCAGCAGGAUGACGGUAAAAUGUUUAUUGGAGGCUUGAGCUGGGACACGAGCAAGAAGGAUCUGACCGAGUAUCUGUCCCGGUUUGGGGAAGUGGUGGACUGUACGAUUAAGACGGACCCGGUGACCGGAAGAUCGAGAGGAAUCGGAUUCGUGCUUUUCAAAGAUGCGGCUAGUGUGGACAAGGUGUUGGAACUGAAGGAACACAAACUGGAUGGCAAAUUGAUAGACCCCAAAAGGGCCAAAGCUUUAAAAGGGAAAGAACCGCCCAAAAAGGUGUUUGUGGGUGGAUUGAGCCCAGAUACUUCGGAAGAACAAAUUAAAGAAUAUUUUGGAGCCUUUGGAGAGAUUGAAAAUAUUGAACUUCCCAUGGAUACAAAAACAAAUGAAAGAAGAGGAUUUUGUUUUAUCACAUAUACAGAUGAAGAGCCAGUAAAGAAAUUAUUAGAAAGCAGAUAUCAUCAAAUCGGUUCUGGGAAGUGUGAAAUCAAAGUUGCACAACCCAAAGAGGUAUACAGGCAGCAACAGCAGCAACAAAAAGGAGGAAGAGGUGCUGCAGCUGGUGGACGAGGUGGCACUAGGGGUCGUGGACGAGGUCAGGGCCAAAACUGGAACCAAGGAUUUAAUAACUAUUAUGAUCAAGGAUAUGGAAAUUACAAUAGUGCCUAUGGUGGUGAUCAAAACUAUAGUGGCUAUGGCGGCUAUGAUUAUACUGGGUAUAACUAUGGGAACUAUGGAUAUGGACAGGGAUAUGCAGACUACAGUGGCCAACAGAGCACUUACGGCAAGGCAUCUCGAGGGGGUGGCAAUCACCAAAACAAUUACCAGCCAUACUAAAGGAGGACAUUGGAGAAAACAGGAGGAAAUUGCUAAAGUUAACCCAUCUUGCAGGACGACAUUGAAGAUUGGUCUUCUGUUGAUCUAAGAUGAUUAUUUUGUAAAAGACUUUCUAGUGUACAAGGCACAAUUGUGUCCAACUGUAUAUAGCCGCCAAUUAGUUUUCUUUGUUUUUACUUUGUCUUUUGCUAUCUGUGUUAUGACUCGAUGUGGAUUUGUGUUUAUACAAAUUUUAUUUGUAUGAUUUCAUGUUAAACCUCAAAUAAAUGCUUCCUUAUGUGAAAAAAAAAA